AUGGCCAAGCGCAUCACCAAGGAAUUUGCCGAGAUUUCCCAAAACCCCCCUGAGGGCUUCUCCGUGUCUCUGCCUCCCAACGAAUCCAUCCACACCUGGCACGUCACCUUGUCGGCGCCCGCCUCGACCGUCUACCACCCAGGCAAAUUCGGCAUCCUCCUCAGCCUUCCCACCGACUACCCCUUCAAGCCCCCGGUCGUCAAGUUCGUCACCCGCAUCUACCACCCCAAUGUGACAAACGACAAUCUCGGCAACAUCUGCCUAGGUCUCCUCAAGCCGGACGCCUGGAAACCUAGCACUAAGCUCUAUGGCGUUCUGGAGGCACUUCGCAACCUCUUAGAAGAGCCACAACUCGACAGCCCUCUUGAAGAUCGCAUUGCACAGCAGUACCAGACCGACCGGGCUGCUUUCGAGCAAGUGGCGAAGCAGAAUGUCCAAAGUUACGCCAUGGACCCGCCUGUUUUUCCUCCUGUUGCUUAG